AUGCCCAUCUACGACAUAACCCACUACCUCCCUAUCCAAACACCCCCACCCCCCGAAACCGACGAAGCCUACUACACCAAACCCAUCCUCGUCCUCAUCGUCUCCCACCGAAUCAACACCUGGAACAAGUAUCUUUCUCUCAUCCGCAAACUCCAGCGCGAGGCCCGCCUCCUCUGCGUCACAAACGUCUACGACCUGAACGAGCUGGUCGACCAGCACGCAGACGAGAUUGCCGGAUUUAUCGCCACAACGGGGGAUAUCAUGCUCGCGGACGACUCCAGCUCAAACUCAAACUCAGCAGCUGAAACCGAGUCUGAAACCGGAGGAAUGAUAGAGGGCCUCCCCACCCGCCUCUCCACCCUCCUCAAACACCACGCGUACUCCCUCAGGAUGAAUCGGUGGACGCUUUGGCAUCGGCGGCCAUGGAUUGAGACGCCGGACACGGUAGUUGGGGAGUGGGAUGAGAAUCAGUCUGAGGGCGAGGUUGCUGGUGACGAGGAGGGAAGCGAGGAGAUUGAAGAAGAUGACGGCGGAGCUGAUGAAGAUGGAGAUGGGGAGGACAACGAUGAAAAGCUUCGUGCCGACUGCGCUGUAGCCAUCCACGAGGUGAAACUCGCGAACGAGACUGAAACCGAAACCGAGGACGGAGGAAGAAGCUAUGUCCCCUUUAUCGGUCACUUGGAGGACAGCCGCUCGAUGGCCUCGUUGAUACUAGGGAUAUGCGGUGUUGAGAUGGACGAUUCUGAAUAG